AUAAACUUAUAAGUGGGUACAAAAGGGGCAAAUAUUUACAAGGUGUUUUUGGUAGAGCUACAGAUAAUUUUAAUAAAUCUGAAGAUGCUUUGAAGCAAGCUGUUGCUAUGAAAUAUCAUAAUCAUCUUUCUAGACGAAAAUUUGAUUUAGUUUGCAAAACACAAAGUUCUGUUUUUGAUCCGAAACAAGAGACAUGGUUACCCAGGUGUAUUAAACAUAAAGAUAUAGUUAUUUCAUUACCUAAAAUAGUUAGUGAUGCUAAAGUUGACAAUUUUGUGAAGAAUCUAGACAUUGGUUAUGUGUGUCAAAUACCUGAAUGUCCUGGUGUGUCACGCACUGUCACUGGAUUAGUAUUUAUGAUUCUUGAUUUACACUUGCGGUUACCACACUUAAAGAGAAAGUUGAUGUGGUUUAAUGAUAAUCCCUUUCAUUUUAUUUUUCAGUUUUCAGAUGAUGGAGCACCAGAAACUAGUGAGCUAAGUAUGUCAAUUGGAUCUCUCACCUGCUGGAAUCUUGGAGACAGGGUUCGUAGCAGAGAGUAUCAGUACUUGCUGCACUGUUUAAGUAUAGGGGAGAAAGAUCCUGUCAUGGAAGACCUGUGGUUGCAGCAUUCAGAUGAGAUGUUGCUCCUUGAGGGCAAUAUUCUCACUGUCUGUGGUAACCAGUGCACUGUGGAAUUCCAACCUAGUGCAGAUCAGUCCUGGCAGAGCUGGGCCAAUAAUGAGCUGAACCAAGCUGCCACAUACCCAUCACCAUAUGCAAAUGUUCAUAAGGGGAAUAUGUGUGUCAUGGGGGGUACAAUAGGAAAUUCAGCUUCAGAUACCUGGACACCACCUUCAAAGGAGAAGCGUGAGAGAGAUUUAGGCAAGUUAGAUAGUUUUAGGAAGUCACUUAGCAGCAGUUUAGGAGGUCAGCAAAAGCAUACUAGGGAGCUAGAGUUCAUGAGGGAAAAUGGUCUGCGACAGGUAGGUUCACCCCGAAUAAGAGAUUUUGCUGACCGACAAAGGCCUGAACCAGUGCACAAUGAAAUAAAUGCAUGGCAGCACUUUCUUAACUUACUGUAUAAAGAAUCCCUCAUGAGGAAUGUCACAGAGACAUUUCUUCAGGUUUUUAGUGCACCAGUAACAACUGCAAACGAGGAGAAGAAAACAUCAAGUGAAGCAAGUGUUUCCCACCCUGAGGGUGCCGGUGAGAGAGUCUGGCAGCAUGACCUCCCAACAAAGAGUGCUGGUGAGUUUUCAAAAUAUGUUAAUGAAAUUGUAAAUGCUCAUGUUGGGGUGGGGCAACAUCUACUGGGCUGUGGUUUAGCUUUUGUUGCCAGUCUUAUAAGGGAACACUAUAAAGACAAAGACAAGAGAUCCAACGACCUGAGUAUUCGCCUUAUUGGGGAGCAGGCUAUAGCUCUUGCUCGAUAUUCCUACAGACUUGUAGAUGCCCUUGUAGUUCCAAACGAGACACCUGCACAGAAAAUUAAACGACUAGCACUUGGAAAAGUUGCACAGUAUUUAAGGGAUGCUUGUACAUUAUUUAACAAAGUAGACACCAAUGCUUCAGAGGUAAACAAUUUAAGUGAAUUAUGUAAAAUGUAUUUCAAUCUACUGGUAAUGUUCUUUGAACAAUCUGUUAAUGUGACUGUAUGGACUGUUGCAUAUGCAAUUCCCUAUCAUGCCUCUUUGCUUUUCACCCAAUAUAAAGUAGGUUAUGGCAUCAUUUCCUUACAGGCCAAAGAAUCAAAGCAUUCUGGAAUAAAAGCUGACCUUGUACUCACUAAUCGAUCCAAGUCCACACGUGAAUUAGGUAAAUGGUGGCAGGUGAUGAGGGCAAACUAUGUAAGGGCAUUCUAUCUCCCAGAGCAUCAGCCAAUGCCCUCAUCAUACAUAUCUCAUUUUCAAUCACGUCUCCCACCAUUUUUCAAUAAACCCAACUACUGUGAGUGUGGGAGGGAGCGAAAUGAGGGUGGAACUUGUACAUUUUGUGAUGAGUGUGUGGAAAUAUUACUUUGUAUCAAGGACCAAAAACUUAAUGAUAGUUUACUUGCAAUUUUAAAACCUUUUCUGUGCAGUGAUUGCCAAAAGAGAUUUCCAGAUGAACAAACUUUGCAGUCUCACUGCCAAUUUAGUCAUGCAAGAAGUGAUCAUGAAGAAAGAAGACCAGCAUCCAGAGGGGCAAUUAUUGAUCCUAAGCAACUGUCUGUCAAAUGA